CGCCUCCCCGCAGCACCAUCAUGGCUGGCGCUUUUCUCUCCACCACAAGCAAGACCUAAUCGUUAUACUUAAUUACUGCCUGCCUCCUUCAUUACCAUCUCUUCUUCUGAUAUUUUUCUUAUCUUCUGUUAACCCAGCCUCUUUACCUUUGAUGUCGUCCUAUUCGAUAAGGAUCAACGGCCCACACACGUUUGAUCCAUAUGUAGAUGUAGAUCUUUUCAGAAGACUGCUUAAGCGCGAACGGACCGUGACCAGCUACACAAACCUCGGUCGCCACAGGAACUUUUUGGAAGGCCUCUUAACAAACUUGACUUGCACGAAUCGACCCGAUAUUGUAUACUAAGGCUCUCGGACUUCACAACAGCUUCCGUAACCGGAAACACAUUGUCAAGAUGCACAGACAGUUACGUUUGGAUACCUCUGUGGGGGGCAAUCAGCGAUAUUCCUUCAUUGAGACCCCACUGGAAAUGCAUGCUUCUGGAUUACGGAAUGGCCAACAGCAGCAAGAGCCACCGCCGUCGCAAUUAUUAGCAGUGUCCAAUCCUGAUACUAUACCGGCUCAGGCUGAAGCAGAGCAAGGACAACCACAACGCCUACCACCAUUCAAUGAGAAGGCACAAUAUGUGCGGCAAGAAGCGGUGGCUCCUGGUAACCCAGGUGGUCCGAAUUAUGAAGAGCAUCCUGCCAUCUCUGCCCCUUUUGCCGACGUGGUGCCUCAGCCGGUCCAGCAACACGAUGCAGUUGUGCCGGACUACUCGUAUGUGGUGCCGCCUCCAAAUUCUCCAGGACCACUUCCGGCCAAGACCUAUCCAGAAACCCCAGCGCAAGUAGCCCGGAUACAUACAACGACCAUCGCGCCGGACAUAAAUCCUCUACAGUCUCCACAAGUACCCUAUUUCCCUGGGCCACCGACGGCCUCAGGGGCACCUUACACGCCAUUGGCAGAUGAUGUUGCGGCAUAUCAUCGGCCAGGCCAGGUAUCGCACCCUAAUCAACAUGUAGUAGGUGGAACAUGGAGUCAUGACAUGUGCGAUUGUUCAAACAUUUGGACCUGUUGCCUUGGGAUCGUGUGCCCUUGUGUUCUAUAUGGGAAGACGCAGUAUCGUCUUUCGCAGAUGUCAAGGAAAGAAGACCCCACAAACAUGUUAGGCCAUGAGACAUGUAAUGGGUCAUGUACAGCGAUGGCUCUCUUGUGUGGUUGUCAAUGGCUCAUGGCGACAUUUCAACAUAGACGAACCCGCAAAGCAUAUGGUAUUCGAGGAGACAUUGCAUCAGAUUGUGUUAGAGCGACCUGUUGUACAUGCUGUACCCUUAUACAGGACGAAAAAGAGAUAAAGAAACGUGAGGAAGAGCGUGCGAAUGCAGCCAGGGCUACAGGAGCAACCCUCGUGUCACCAUACUUGACGCCUCCGCAGAUGGCAUACGGUCCUUUGUCGCGAUAAGUGAAAUAACCUUGAUGUUGCAAUUUUCGUGAGGCGUGGACGAGAGGUUAACGCUCUAAGGCGGGUACGGAUGGCGGCCUCCGUCGAGACGCAUUACCUAUUUGCAUUUGUGUUCAUUCACCCUUUUUGCUAAAUACCCAAUACAGCGUUCUACUUAUUGGAGUUUUAUUUUUGACUUAAACAAGAGUUCGGAAAGGAUCUGCAUUUAAUGAUAAUGAUUCACAUCUGUUUUGUGUCCAGGGGGCUCUUGGCGUUGCUUUUGGAUGAUUCCCUUGCAUGCAGCGGUCAGUUUGCUUCGGUGUGGUGUUGGGCUCUUAAAAUUCGAGAGUCUGGUGUUUUUGUGUAUACAACCCUCAGACAGCUUGUAUAUAGAGGAUGGACAAUGCAAUUUAGAUUCAAGUCCUUAGGAAAGAAUCAAAGAACAAAGUUCUUGCUCCAGAAUGCGGGCAGAAC